AUUAUUCAUAUAAAUUCCCACAAACGAAUCAUAUUCCAUCUUCAAAUUCAAACCCUUCAUUCUUCGCUACUUUGGUUAUAUUUACGGUUAUACCCUUCUGGUUAUGAUAGCUCUUGAUCGGCGUAAACAACUCCGCCGAAGCUCCACCACAGCUCUCGGCUUUCCUUAUCUCCGAUAUGUUCGCUACCGCCGUCUAAGAUAACCAAAAACUUCCUUAAAUUCCAAUUUCACCCCUGUAUAUAUACAUAUUUCCCUUUUUUCGAUGCCAACUCCUAAAAAUCAUCAACGGAAAGAAAGGUUAGAUCGAAGAUCAUCGUCUUUUCACGGUAACAACGUUAUGUCAACCGCUACAAUUCGUCGUCCGAAAACCGUUCCCGAUCUUUUAUCUUAUCGGAAUAACUCUGUUCCGGUAUCGGAAGGUUUACCUAGACAGCCGCCGAAGUUGCUUUUGAAGGUGACGGUUCUUGGUAGCCUUGGUCCUGUUCAGAUGUUGAUGAAGCCGGAAUCAACCGUCGGUGAUCUGGUGGAAGCGGCGGUUAGGCAAUAUAUUAGUGAAGGUCGCCGUCCAAUUUUGCCUUCAAAUGUUGCUUCCGAUUUUGAUCUUCACUAUUCACAAUUUAGCCUAGAAAGUUUGAACAGGGAGGAGAAAGUAGUGAAGCUUGGAUCUAGAAACUUCUUUCUGUGUCCAAAGAACACUCCGCAUGCAGCGGAGGGUAUUCCUGGAAUUACUAAAGAAGGUUGUGUAAUGACACCGCAGCCAUUUCCAGCGUCGUGUGGUAAAGAGGUUGAAAAAGCGCGGCAAUAUGCCGGUGGUGGUGGGGGUGGUUUUGGUUGGUUCAAACUUAUGCAUUUCAUGAUGUAAUUGAUUGUUGGUUAUGGUAUGGUUAGUUAUAUUUGUUUAAUAUUUAAUUAAGAAAAUAAGUUAUUUUAAUUUUUGGUUGGUUGAAGAAUGAAUUGCCGUUACUUUGUAAAAUACUAGGUUGGCAAGUAUAGGGAUAAGGUUUGAGAAAAUUGUAAAAAUUUGGAUAUAUGUGGUUUUUAACACAUAUACUUGAUGAUAUUGAUGUGAAAAUCUUAAAGCUGUUAAA